UCAGCCAAAAAAUAUCGGGAUAUCAUAUUUUGCCCAUAUCGUGCAGUCCUUAUCUGAAUACAGACGUCGCAAAACCUCUACAUCCAGCUCUCCAACAAGAAGUUGACAACGAAGACCUUACGGAUGGCACAAGCAGGCGAUUUGUUCACUGAUGCAUUUCCAAUGCAAAAACCCUGACAACCAAUUGGAAUACAGACGCUGCAAACCCUCUCCAUCCAGCUCUCCGAGAAGCUGUUGACAACAACGGAGACCCUACAGAUAACACAAGCCCGUGAUUUUUUCACUUGCUCCAAAUUAAACGGUAAGGGAACUCAUUUCAGACAAAGCAUCUUUGCACUUUUGUUUUUUUCAAAGGCAUCUGAUGGGUUUGCACAAAUAGGAAGUAGGCUAAUUAUAUUUGAGGUUAUCUGGCACAACAUUGUAUUGGUUAUUGUUGGUGGCGUCAUUGCAUUUUUUUUUUUACAAGCAGUCGCAGUUGAAAGAACUAAAAUAUUACUGACUGGCUAUGCAAACUGCAGCUUACUGAUGUUUCAUGAAUGGUCUUAGUGAGUUAAUAUUUCUUUUUAUGGAGUUUCUACAGAAUUUGCCUGUUUUGAGUAACCUUUGCCCUUAAGAAUUCAAUACACGUCAACACAAAAUAACCUUGUUGUCCUGGAGAUGUUUUGAACAGGCAUGCCAGUUUCAAGGCCCUCGGUCAGGACUCGAGUGUGAGACACUGCUUCAGAGAUUAAAAGGGAAGGUGCAAGAGUAAAAGAAAAACAUCAGUUACACCAAAUAUGUCAAACCACUUGGGUGUCUUGAUCACAGUACACUAGGGAUGCAAACAAUUAAUCGAUUAUCGAUUAAUUGUCGAUAAGAGAUCACUCGAUUAAAAUAAAUUACUUGCAAUUAAUCGCAUUUUUAACCCGUAAUUCCCCAACCGUCCACCAGAGGGCGCGCUUGACGCCAGACGUACUUGACGCACACGCGGGAACACAAGCGAAGCAGAACAAGACAAACGAAAAGCGGGACACUAGCUGUGUUCGAAAUCGUUCCCUAUCAUGGAUGUAGUGCACUAAAUAGGAUGCACGCCAUUUUCUAGGGUGUUCGAAUUCUCAGUGGUCCACUAUAUAGGGCACUAUAUAGUGGACUUAAAAUAGGGUACAUACGAUGUUCCCUACAUGUUACUCCCGUAUACCACAAUGCAAUGCGGUUGUAUUUUUCCAGGGGAGAAGAAGAAGCCGAAUAACCGCGAAAAAUACAUUUAAUGAUGGAGUCUCCGGCAUUCGUUUAGAAAUGUCAACAAUUUAUUUGGGAUUUAACAUAGAAUAUUUAACAUUCAAAAUUAAUUAAACAAGGAAAUGUAACAUUCAACAUCAAUACAACCUCCAGCUUUCGUCGUGAGUGCCCGGUUUGUUUACUUGAUGUGGGCGCAUCUGUCUGCGUCACACAAAUACCCGGCGCAUUUACUGACGCAAAUGACUUAGAAAUGUUCAGCGUAGUGUCCGAAUUCUUAUUCCCUAUAUAGUACACUAUAUCAUGUACACUAUAUAGGGAAUAGGGAACGAUUUCUUUUGUAGUAUUUUUGACAAAUGUACUUGUAAGUCGCUUUGGAUAAAAGCGUCUGCUAAAUGCCCUAAAUGUAAAUGUAUUUUAAAGUACAACAACUAAACGACUUCGUUGAAUUACCACCUAAAUGUGUCACAUUCAGAAGGAAAUUCAGCUUCUCAGAAGAAUUGCCGCUUAUCAAUUAAUCGAUCAUCGAUCGAUAAGAUGCAACAACCAUCGAUUAAUGAAUUACUCGAUAAUUUGCAUCCCUACAGUACACAUAAUCAUGUCUUUUAUUUUCUCUCUUACUACAGGCUUUUUACAAUGUAUAAUGGACUGCACAACUAAUUGCCCAAACAAGUUCUAGCUUUUGUGAGGGAAAAUAACCUUGAAAUGACGGGUACAUGAAUUGAUCCUGGCAAAAACAUCAAAAUGGCACCCAAGCAAAAUACACAAAUAAGGUAAAACGAACAUGAACCUUGACGUUCCAGUUUCUGGGGAGCCUCGAGCGCGAGGUUCAAGAGCAGUUGACUGCUCGAGCAAUACACUGCUCCUGAACCAGGCGCACGAGCCUCCCCAGGGAAGAUGCUCAUCUUCCGUUGAUGUAGUUGGCAACUACGGUCGUACUGACAUUUACAGCAAUAAGCUAAUAAUUAUUUCAUAUUAUAUACAACUCUUGGUAAGUAGACUAACACGAAUAGCGAUCAUGUUUGACUGUCGGUCUGUGAGCAACUUUAGUUAGACCAUAUUCGUUCAUAGAUGACUAACUAGAUAUACUAACUAACGUUAGCUUUAUCAUCAAUGACAUUCAGCUAGACUCUGUGCCAAAUUGCUUAUGGCUACUGCUAUGCCAGGAUAAGUUAUUGCGGUUAUCACAGCUGUGUAUAUUUACUUCACAUUAACGUAGUCUAUGUUUAUAUUAGGCUACGUUCAUAUACGAGUAACAUUAAGAAACAACAUUGCUCAUAUGGCCAACUUAAAAUGUCAAAUUGCCAAAGAAUAGCAGCUAAAUGUCCGUUAUAUCAGAGACAGCUAUUCCCCGCAAAACCGUCGCGGGGAAAUCCAAAUUAUUAAAAUUAUAAAUUUACUCGGGAAAUCGACCCGUGGACAUGUCGGCCCAUCUACAUAUUGUACCAUAAUACUAAAUAAAACCAAAUAUUAAUGACCCCCUACACCCAAGCCUCCACAGGGGCAAGAAAAAAAAUCGAAUGUAUGAAGUAACGCGCUCACUAACUAGUCUUCUUUAUAUAACUUAACUGCGUGCUGAAUCCAACGUAUCGUAAUAUUUUUUCCUGAAAGAAAGGACAGCACUGUUGCAUUCAAAACUUUUAAUCGCCAACCACGGACGUUUCCCUUUUUCAGCGUGUAAUGGCCUUUAAGAAGCCAUUACACGCAGAAGGGCGCGCGGCCCGAAACGUCCGUUGUCGGCGAUUCAAAGUUUUGAAAGCAACAGAGUGCUGUCCUUGCUUUCAUGAAACCAUAAUACUCAACAACUCCAUUUCUAAAUUACGCUUAAUUGGGAAACAAUUCUGCUGCUUACCUUGCUAUGCCACAUGUAAAUCCCUUGGCUGUCGGGUGCAGCCUGCUGGCAACGACGACUAAUGUGCACACUGCACAGAAGUGCGCCCCCUCAUUACAAAUGCAUUGAACCGGAACUGAAAUCACACGCAGCCUCUAUUUUUUUAACCAAUCUGAUCACAGUUGAUUUAGUACGCCAGGUGUGGCCAUAAUAAGAAUGCAUGUGCUUUUUCAACUUGAAGGGACUUUCAAAUGAUUACAUAACUAAAAACGAAAUGUUAACAUUCAAAUACACAUUCACACAGAAUGCACGGUUUUAAUCAAAAAUUAAUUUAAUAAAUAGAUUUGACCUCCAUCUGUUUAUUGGAUAAACGCAUUUCCCAAUCCCAUGAGCCUUUGCUCCAUUCUACGUCAAUUCAAGAACAAACAAAGAAAUUAAACUGCAGUUCGUAUUUUUUAUUUAUGACCAUGAAAGUUCUGUAAUGCCUGAAUUAUGAAGAAUUAAAUGUAAAGUAAAAUAAAAAAUUAUAAAUAUAAAACCAUGAAUGACAUAAGUGGUAUAAAUAUUGGUGGGACGUUUGUCUUUACCAAAGAGUAUAUCUUGUCGAUUUUCACGGGGUGUAGAGCCUAACCCAGGGUAUAUCUUGGAAUACUUAAGAAUCGGGCAAGUGGCACUUUUAAAUUCCCCAAAUGAUUCAAGGUGGCCCAGAUUGUACAUUAUGAAAAAGCGUUUCCAUUCUUUAACUUUUUUUCAUAGAUGAGGGUUUACUAAACGAGGACUAUUUUGUAUAAAACACUUUUUUAGGGUUAAGGGUUGUCCAAAAAAAAUUAGCCGCUCACACUUAUAUUUUAGAGUCUCACUCCAGCCAAAGUCCCAAAGUUGGCAACCCUGCUAUUAUAGUAUUAAGAUGUGUUAUUUUUCUCUUCCACAGGUUUUGUUUGUUAUUGCUGCGACCGUCAACGGCUGUCAUCCCAUCCUGGCCAAAAGAGGACGAAGGUUAAGGUUACUGACUGCAAGUCAUCGGCCUACAACUUAGAGGUGCAAUUAAGCUUUAGCAGUCCAUUUUACAAAUUUAACAAGCCGUAACCUAGUAGGCACCCACAACACACAAACAAUUAUAGUAUUAAGAUGUGUUCUUUUUCUCUUCCACAGGUUUUGUUUGUUAUUGCUACGACCUUCAACGACUGCUGUCAUCCCAUCCUGGCCAAAAGAGGACGAAGGUUAAGGUUACUGACUGCAAGUCAUCGGCCUACAACUUAGAGGUUUUGUUUGUUAUUGCUACGACCUUCAACGACUGCUGUCAUCCCAUCCUGGCCAAAAGAGUACGAAGGUGCGAGAAUAUGGCCCAUCCCCCUUCUAGCUAGUUAAUUUUAUGCUUUUGGUGAACAAUGUUCCAAUGUAAAUUUAGUCUGUGCGAGCAUGUGUCUGAGACUACUGUUCAGUUUAUUCAGCACGCAAAGUUGCACAGUAACACUCCAAAUUAUCACUAUCUGUGUGGUGUGCCUUACUGUACUCGGAUGUACCGCAAAGCCACUGUUCUGAGAGCACAUAUGUUUAGAGAGCACAAACAACCAAGAUAUUGCAAGCCGUUGUCCACACCCUUAAAGUGUCUGGCUCAGUCUUGUGCAUUCAAGUGUGAAACUGUAAACUCCCUUGUAAAGCAUUUGAAUUCACACUCAGAAGAAGGAUUGGAAAUCAAAUGCCCAUUCAGAGGUUGUGACUGCAGCUUUACAGUUGCGUCCAGUUUUGCCUCACAUGUUUCCAGGAAACAUCGAAGUAGAGGUAUAGAGGACUUAGAUGAUUCGGUUCUAGAUACGUCUGUUCCCACAGAAACUUUGAGUCGGUCUGUUCUUGCAGAGCCUUUGAGUCAGCCUGAACCCAGUCACUCAUGUUUAGAUAUCUCUGAUAAACAACCUGAACAAGAAAUGCAAUUGGCUGUGGAUGAAACCCUCUUUUUACAAAACCUUACACUUCUCUACUUGAAAUUACAAGCCAAGCUAUUGUUACCAGCAAGUACACUACAAACAAUCAUUGAGGACUUUCAAAAUGCCCAUGAAAUUGGCCUGUCACAUGUGCUUAACAUUCUAAGUGAGAAAUUGAAGGUACUUGGUAUUCCAGAGGCCACCAUAAGCAACACUAUUGAUGAACUGAGCAGAGGGGAUCUACUCAAGCUCUAUAACAGGGGAGUUCUGAGCACAGACUAUAAGAGGAAGGGUGCUUUUAAAGAAAGUUUCAACUACGUUGAGCCUGUUCCUGUGUUCUUGGGAAAUGAUGAAAAUGGCAAAGAGUGCUUUGCCCAGUAUGUACCUGUACAGGAGACAUUGGCUGCACUGUUUAAAAGUGAGUCUGUACGAGAACAGUAUGCUGCAACACGUUUGCAACCCUCUGUUGUUAACGUCUAUCAGGAUGUUAAGGAUGGGGAGGGAGUUCAAAGUAAUCUGCUGUUAAAAACUGAGCCUUCCUCGGUUGGUUUGAUGCUAUACCAAGAUGCGUUUGAGGUCGUUAACCCUCUUGGAUCAGGGAAAAAAAAACACAAAGUGUUAGCUGUUUACUCAACUCUGACUGACAUUUUACCUCACAAUAGAUCCACUAUAGAUCAGAUGCAGCUUGUCCUUCUAUGCCGGGAGAAGGACUUUAAGUACUUUGGGAUGAACAAAGUUUUUGAACCACUCAUCAAGGACCUCAAAGUCCUGGAGGAGAGAGGUAUUGUGCUAAGUGAAGGCAAUGUUGUAAAAGGCACUUUGGUUGCAAUUUCAGGAGACAACUUGGGAUCGCAUGGCAUUGGGGGUUUUUUAGAAAAUUUCAGUAGGGCUGAUCGUUUCUGUCGCUACUGUGAGGUAGACAGAGAUACAUUUAUGAAAGAACCACAUUUGUGUGGUAUCACAAGAACAGUACAAGCCUACAAAAGUAAUUUGCAACAUCUAAAAACAAGUGGCACUGACUCAGUCUGCGGCAUCAAGUCUGACUCUCCUUUCAACCAACUAACACAUUUCCAUGUUUGCCAGCCUGGCCUUCCACCAUGCCUUGGCCAUGACUUGUUUGAGGGUAUUGUCUCUUAUGACCUUGCUUUGUUUAUUGGUCAUUUAGUCAAGGAGAAGCAUUUUACUUACCUGCAGUUAAAUCGGUGUAAGAACCAAUUCAAAUACCAAGGAAAUGAUGGCAAGGACAAGCCGGCUGACCUCUCUGCUGGAGGCGAGAGAUUAAGUGGGCAUGCAGUUCAAAACUGGUGCUUUCUUAGAUUGCUACCUCUAUUGAUAGGUGACAGGAUUAAAGAUCCUGCUGACAACAAGGUAUGGCAGCUCAUGUUGCAGCUGAGAGAGAUGGUGGAACUUGUCUGUGCACCAGCCAUUACAGCAGGCCAAGUAGCAUAUCUGAAAGUCAUCAUUGAAGAGUACAUAUGGUACAGGAAACAGCUCUUCCCUGGUCAUCCCCUGAAACCCAAGCACCAUUAUUUAUGCCACUAUCCAGAGCUCAUCCUUCACUUUGGCCCACUUAUCCGCCUGUGGACUCUAAGGUUUGAAAGCAAACACACUUUUUUCAAGCAGUGUGCCAGAAAAUUACACAACUUUAAAAGUAUUUGCCAGACUCUGGCAGAGAGACACCAACUUCUGCAAGCCUAUCUUAGUGCAGGCAAACUUUUCCCUCCAAUUAUCCAAGUAGUAAAGGGCACAGAGUUGUAUGUAAAUGAUUACAAUGACAAGAUCAGGGCAUCUCUUGCCAGUUAUGAGUUUGAGUCACAGUCUGCACUGGCUUGUAACAAUGUCACAGUGAAAGGCACAGUGUACAAAAAAGGGAUGAUGGUUUUGCUUGGGAGCAACGAUGAAGAACUUAAUGUUGGGAAAAUUAACCUCGUUGUUGUUCUCCAGGAUUCUGUGCACUUUGUAAUGGAGAAACACACUUUCGUGAAGUUGAGAGACAUGGGCAUCUACUGUGAAUUAGGAGUAGCUGAAGAGGAUUAUGUUUGCAUCAAGCAUGAAGAUUUGCAUGAUUACUAUCCUCUUCCAGCUUACAGAGUUAAUCACCUUUCACUUAUUGCUCUCCACCAUUCAUUUUUAGAGACGGUUUAAACCAGGGAAGCAUAGAAAUGAAAUUUCUUGGCCGAAAUCGAAAAUUUUGAAAGUUAUUGAGGAUUGAGUCGUGUCUGCAGGAGCUACUGAUAAUGCUUACUUACAAUUGUUAUCUUCCCUUGUUUAUUGUUAAUCAUUUGUAAAUAAAUAUUAAACAUUAAGUAAAUUUAGUAAAUUAGUUUGGGGGAUUCACACAGUCAUUUGAUCUGCUGUUGGGUAAGGAGAGUGCAAUAAUAAUAAUGUAUUUGAUUUAUUUGUUAUUUGUUUAUUGUUUGUGUAUUUGUUUAUUGUUUGUGUUGAUAUGGAUCCUCCUGGGUCUGAAAUAAAGAAUUAUAUAUAUAUAUAUAUAUAUAUAUAUAGCGCUUUUCUCACAAUCAGUCCUUGGUUACCUCCAACAUAGGUUUGCAACGGUGCUGGUAUUUUUUUAUGGCCUUGUGUUUUUGAGUUCUGCUCCAUUGGUAGGUUAGUUUAAUUAGUUUAG